AUGGCUGUCAAGAUGUCAGUUCGGCGCACUCUCAUCAAUUUCAACAAUUUCACACAUACUGACAAGAUCAGCUUCGUCUUCGGUAGUAUCAACGGGCAGCUUCGGUCGGCCUUUGGCAAGCUCUCGGCGUUACACGCCAAGAAUAGCUUUAGCUUCGCCAUCGUGACGGGAAAUCUCUUCAGCGAGGCCCAGGAUGAUGACCAGCUCGCUGAGCUAUUCGACGGGCGCAUAGAGAUUUCCUGCCCGACCUACUUCACUGUAGGCACCAUCCAGUUGCCCGCCCGCGUCAUCAAGCGGAUCGAGAAGGACGAGGAGAUCGCUCCCAAUCUCCAUUACUUGGGCAAACGCAGCGUCACAAAAACGUCGGAGGGAGUGCGUAUUGUUGCCCUGGGCGGAGUUCUGGACAUGAACAUCGUGGCCGGGCUGUCCCAAGAGCAGCAUGAUCCAUUGCACACCGAAGGAGACGCCAAGGCUCUCCGGGGCGCGAACAAUGCAGACAUUCUUCUAACCACCAUGUGGCCCACCGACGUCUGGAGGAAUAGCUCCAAGGCAAAAGAACUGCAGAUCGGCCCAGAAACGGCACCUUCCAGCCAAACAAUUGCUGAGCUCUGCGAAGCCCUCAAACCGAGAUACCACUUUGCCAUGUCUCCCGGCAACUUCACUUUUGAGCGCGAGCCGUUCUUUCCCGACGCCGCCAACGAAGAUAAGGACAAAGGCAUCGCCCUCACCCGUUUUAUUUCACUCGCGCCUUGGGCAAACGCAGCGAAGGCCAAAUCAAUGUUCGCCUUUACGCUCAACCGGGACGCCAUCAUUACCCCUCCGGUAGGCAGCACCCUGACCCCCUUCUACAAGCCGGCGCCCAAGAAACGCACGGUUGACCAGCCUGAGUUCAACCGCUUCUCCGACGGCCACCACACUCACGACCACGACCACCGUCGGCACAAGCACCCCCGCCGCGAGCGCCCCUCGCCGCCGGGGCCGGACCGCUGCUUCUUCUGCUUGUCCAACCCAGACCUGCCCACGCAUAUGGUUUGCAGCGUCGGCGAGGAGACGUACCUUGCUACUGCCAAGGGCCCGCUCCCCGCCGCCGACACCUUUGCGAAGCAGGGACUGAACUUCCCGGGCCAUUUCAUCAUUACGCCGCUCGUGCAUGCUGCGUCGCUCAGUGCGACGGCCAUGACGACGGGAGAUGGCACGAAGCCGGAGGAGCCGGCACAGAAAACGUUCCGGGAGAUGAAGCAGUUCCGUGAGGCGCUGCAGGACAUGGUGGCGGAUGUUUCGCAGGGCAAGUUGGGCGGUGUCACAUGGGAAAUCAAUCGGGCGAGAAACAUCCAUGUGCAUUGGCAGUUCAUGCCGGUGCUUGCGGAGAUGGUGGGGAGCGGGAUGGUGGAGGCCGGGUUUAGGGUGUUGGCGGAGGAUCUGAAGCUCGGCAAGUUCACCGUCAAGGAGUUUGGAACUGCCGACGAGGUGCCGGGGGAGUAUUUUCGGGUGUGGAUCUGGGCAAAGGCGGAUGACGGGAAUGUGGUUGGCAAAUGCCUCCUGCUGCGGUUCGAUGAGGGCGUCAGGUUUGACUUGCAGUAUCCGAGAAAGGUCAUGGCCAAGCUGCUUGGCCUCGAGCCGCGGAUGGUUUGGCAGGAUGUGGUGCAGUCGAAGGAAGAGGAGGUUGCGGAUGUCCUGGCGUUCAGGGCGGCGUUCAAGCCGUGGGAUUUCACGCUCGAUGAUUGA